UCACUAAGUUUAUCCUUCCAAGGAGGCUGAUAGAUCAGGCUUUGUUCCAUUACAAAAUCUGGUAUUUCCCAACAGGAUGAGGCCUCGCUGCGAUGCCCACAUAAUUUUUUACUCUUUUUUAUGUCGCAUCUUUCUGAUGUCCAUGAGCUGCUGGGCUUUCGGAAAUGAAUCAGAUCGCUUGGCUCUACUCGACUUGAAAAGCAAAGUGCUCAAUGACCCACUCAAAAUCACGAGCUCUUGGAACGAUUCCAUGCAUUUUUGUGAGUGGGCUGGUGUGACUUGCGACACUAGCAUUACAAGAGUAACGGCGUUGAACUUGGAAGGUCGACAGCUGAGUGGUUCCAUACCACCUUCCUUGGGAAAUCUUACUCAUCUCACUGAAAUCAGAUUGGGAGACAACAACUUCCAUGGCCCAAUUCUCCAAGAGCUUGGUAAGUUAUCACGACUGCGCCAUCUCAAUUUAUCCUUCAAUAACUUCGACGGUGAGAUCGCAACGAAUAUAAGUCACUGUACUGAGCUUGUUGUUUUGGAGCUGAGUCUUAAUGAGCUUGUUGGUCAGAUUCCACACCAAUUCUUCACGUUAACCAAGUUGAAACGACUCGGGUUUGGCGGUAACAAUCUCAUCGGAACUAUCCCACCUUGGAUAGCAAACUUCUCUUCCUUAUUUGCUCUGUCAUUUGCACUCAACAAAUUUCAAGGCAAUAUUCCUAGUGAACUCGGACGCCUUUCUAAAUUGGAACACUUGAGCGUUUAUGGGAACUAUUUGACAGGCAUUGUGCCGCCUUCCAUCUAUAAUAUAACCUCUCUUACUUACUUUUCUCUUACUCAAAAUCGACUUCAAGGAACUCUACCACCAGAUGUCGGAUUUACUCUUCCUAAUCUUCAGGUCUUUGCCGGUGGUGUCAAUAACUUUGGAGGCCCGAUUCCGACAUCCUUGGCUAACAUCUCCGGUCUUCAGGUCAUAGAUUUUGCUGAGAACAGUCUCGUUGGAGCGCUACCGCAUGGCUUGGGGAGCUUAAAUGAACUGGUGAGAUUCAAUUUUGAUGACAACAGACUUGGAAGUGGGAAAGUUGAUGACUUAGAUAUAAUCAGGUCCUUGACUAAUUGUACUAGUCUACGCGUUCUGGGUCUUGCUCGAAAUCGCUUAGGAGGAGUGUUGCCUCCAUCUAUUGCCAACCUUUCCAACCACCUCACAAUUCUAACCUUGGGGAGGAACUUGUUAAGUGGAAGCAUUCCAGUAGGGAUUGAAAACUUGGUUAACUUACAAGUUCUUGGAGUAGAAGGCAACCGUGUGAACGGUAGCGUCCCGUCCAGUAUUGGAAAGCUUCAUAAGUUGUCUAUUAUUAAUUUGAAUGGUAACAAGUUAACAGGAACAAUUCCAUCCUCCAUGGGUAAUUUAUCUUCAGCCACCAAGCUUUUCAUGGAGGAUAACAGGCUUGAGGGAAGUAUACCUCCAAGCUUGGGACAAUGCAAAAGCCUCCAAGUUCUUGAUCUAUCUGGUAACAAUCUAAGUGGCAGCAUACCGAAGGAAGUUCUCAAACUCUCUUCCCUUUCAGUCUAUUUGGCCUUGAACAACAACGCACUUACUGGUCCAUUGCCGUAUGAAGUGGGUGAGUUAGUUAGUUUAACAUUGUUGGAUGUAUCGCAGAACAAAUUAUCAGGUGAUAUUCCCGACAACCUCGGCAAAUGUAUUAGCAUGGUACGCUUGUAUUUGGGAGGUAACCAGUUUGAGGGGACGGUUCCUCGAUCUUUGGAAGCUUUGAAAGGUCUAGAAGAACUGAAUCUCUCAAGUAACAACUUGUCUGGGCCAAUUCCUGAAUUUCUUGGCAAGCUUUCUUCACUCAAGUUUCUUAAUCUAUCCUAUAAUACUUUCGAGGGGAAACUGCCCAAAGAGGGAAUUUUUUCCAAUUCAACCAAAUUUUCCAUCCUCGGAAACAAUAAUCUAUGUGAUGGCUUGCAGGAAUUGCAUCUACCUCCGUGCAAAUCUGACCAAACCCAUUUUUCCUACAAGCUUCUAGCACCAAAAGUGUUGAUCCCCGUAGUAUCUACCCUCGCUUUCAUAGUUAUUCUUUUGAUCUUCCUAUCUGUACGUUUUUUGAUGAAGAAGUCGAGAAAUGUUUUGACUUCAUCUUCCUCUACGGAUUUAUUACCACAGAUUUCUUACUUGGAGCUCAAUAGAUCAACCAAUGGAUUUUCUGCAGACAAUUUGCUUGGUUCAGGUAGUUUUGGUUCUGUGUAUAAAGGUGUUCUUUUGAAUGAUGGAUCAGUUGUUGCUGUUAAGGUUCUUAACCUUCAACAACGUGGUGCUUCCAAGAGUUUUGUUGACGAAUGCAAAGCUCUCACAAGCAUACGACAUCGGAACCUCCUUAAGAUCAGAACCUCUUGCUCAAGCACAGAUGAAAAGGGGAAUGAGUUUAAAGCUCUAGUCUUUGAUUUCAUGUCUAAUGGAAACUUGGAUUGUUGGCUUCACCAUACAGAUAUCGAGAAGGGUCAAAGAUUGAGCAUUAUUCAGAGACUGAACAUUUCCAUUGAUGUUGCCAAUGCAUUGGAUUAUCUACAUAAUCACUGUGAAACGCCCAUUGUUCAUUGUGAUCUAAAGCCUAGCAAUGUGUUGCUGGAUGAUGAUAUGGUAGCUCAUGUUGGGGACUUUGGGUUAGCUAGAUUUAUCCUGGAAGGGCCAAAUGAAUCCUCUUUUGGACAAACCAUGUCACUUGCACUUCAUGGCUCUAUUGGAUAUAUUCCUCCAGAGUACGGAAGUGGAGGCAGAAUUUCAAUUGAAGGAGAUAUCUUUAGCUAUGGAAUUCUUCUAUUGGAGAUGUUCAUUGGAAAAAGACCCACAGACAACAUGUUUAGCGAUGGUGUGGACAUUCAUCUAUUCACAGCAAUGGCAUUGCCUCAUGGUGCGUUGGACAUAGUUGAUCCUUAUUUGCCAUCUCAACAGACAUGCCAACAAGAACAGGGUGAAGAAAAAAUACAAGAAAGAGCAAUAAUGAGUGAGGAAGAUCAUACAGAAAUAGAGCAAAGAAGGAUGGAAGAAUGUGUAGCAUCAAUAUUGAGAAUUGGGCUGUCAUGCUCCUCAAGAACACCUAGAGAGAGGAUGUCCAUGAGUGUGGUGGUUAAUAAGUUGCAAACAAUUAAAAGCUCCUUUCUCAAGUGGAAGGAGGCAAGCUAA